AGAGAGGUUACUUGUAUAACGAUCAUGAAUGAGACCGCUGAGAAGUGCAAAGCCGCGGAAUUUAUGCUACUUGUAAAAGUUUUUGAAAAUUAAUGUGAAAUUUAAACGGGCGAUCUGUUAUGACAUGGAUAAGGGCUAAGCCAGAGGAGAAGUGAAGAUCCAAGUUGUCCUACGGGAAAGGGAGGAAGGUGUAUGCAUCUAAAUCAAUCAGUUGCCUACAGUCUAUUAUUAUUUAAAAAUUUAGAUGGCUUCUGUACUUGAACUUUGGAAGUGUGGAAUUAGUACGAUUACAUGGUCAAGGGAUAAUUCAAAGUUGCUACAUGGCAAGCAAGGGUUUAAAAAGACUAUUAGAAUGUCAAGCAAGGGUGCUAAGGUCUCAUCCUUUGACUUGCCAUUAAGGAGCAUCAUUUGUAGAUCACAUGGACAGAAAGACUUGGAGAAACUCCCAGAAAGGAAUGCUGCUAUUGGAAUUUUUACUAGUAUGAUUACAAUGGCAAAUAUGGCUGCAAGUGGUGGAGCAGAUGCAACUCCAAUGAAUAUGUUUAUGGCAGAGCUUCCAAUGGUAAAAUCAGUCACAGUUUUGGCUGAUAUGGACUCCAUGGGGGAUUGGCUAGGUACCAUUUUGUACGCAGCUGGACAGCAAGCAAAUGAAGCUGUUCAAAUACAAUUGUCAUCUCUUAGCCCAACCAGUGUUAUUGUUAUUUUUGGUGCAGGUCUUGUCACAAGUCUAUCUCCAUGCACACUUAGUGUAUUGCCACUAACUCUUGGCUACAUUGGAGCCUUUGGGUCUGGAGAAAACCGGACACAGGGAGUUGCAAAUUCAUUGGCCUUUUCAGUAGGGCUUGCGACAACACUGGCUGUUCUUGGUAUCGCUGCAUCAUUUGCUGGAAAGGCAUAUGGACAAAUUGGUCAAGGACUUCCAGUGGCUGCUUCUGCCAUAGCUGUUAUCAUGGGUCUAAACUUAUUGGAAAUUAUUGAAUUGCAGCUUCCAUCCUUUUUUGGAAAUUUUGAUGCACGUACUGCUGCAUCCAACCUCCCUUCAAGUGUGCAAGCAUAUUUGGCAGGCUUGACCUUUGCAUUAGCUGCAUCACCAUGCAGUACACCUGUUCUUGCAUCACUUCUUGCUUAUGUAGCAACAUCUAAGGAUCCAGUCAUAGGAGGCUGCUUGCUUCUUACUUACACGACAGGAUAUGUUGCUCCACUUCUAAUAGCAGCUUCCUUUGCUGGUGCUUUGCAGAGCUUACUCUCUCUAAGAAAGUACUCAACAUGGGUCAACUCAAUGAGUGGAGCAUUUCUCCUCGGGGGCGGUUUAUAUACUUUUUUGGAUAGAGUCUUUCCUGCUACAGCUGCUAUGUAAUCCUUAAAGUUUUAUUUAUUUUUCUGUUAAUGUGUUACUUUUUAUGGUCCUUGUGAUAUCGGUUAUGAAUGGCUAAGUUAAUGGCAGAUGUAAAUUUUGACUUGUUCAUACCUUCAUCAAUAUGUUAAAUAUCAUAAUUGUUCCACUAAGUUUCCUCUUGUAUUAUUACACCUUAUAAGUGUAACAACCAUUUUAAAGUAUGGUGCAAUGUUUAGUGUUCUCCCAAAUUCUAUGCAUGAUAUAAAGAAUCUAUAGACAAGCUAUACUAAAUAUCUUAUAGUUUA